GAAGGAAGGAAGGAAGGACUUUCCUCUCUCCAGUCUUAUGUCUUGUUAUACUUGCACAAAGUCUAAGUAGAGUGCCAUGGGGAUUGGAGAAAGGUUAGGCCCUGUGGAGAAGGAAAGACUUUUGCUACUCAAGGCAGGAGAUGGGUCACUGUGGGUAAGACUGACAGCUCUACAUCCCUGUCUAGUUCAAGGAACUCUGCUAGACAAAAGGGCCCUUUGUUAGCAAGGUGAUGGACUUUUCUAGCCCUGGCUCCCAGCAUUGCUACCUGGAGCUCCUAGGAAAUACCGGCAUGAAAUUACUUCCAGAAGCCCACGUGGGUUUUCAGCAAGUGCAGAGUUUGGGUCUGUUUGACAAAAGGGUUUCACUGCAGCCUGUCACGUCUCAGAUGAAGCUUCAGGAACAGGAUUGUUUGCCAGUAACCACCACCUUGUGCUGAUGUUAUCUAGUUUCUGCAGAAUGAACUUGCUGAGUUGUCAUCUGUGACACUCUCAGGGGAAGUCCUGACUCCUGACACGGCAGUUCCUGCCUCUGCUUUGCCAUGGCCCCAAUUCCAGCAGCAUCAUCUGGACUGGCUGGAUUUGCUGGAUACCUGCUUGUGCUGAAAUGUCAUGGGGUUGUCAGAAAGAACUGGGCAGCAAGUGUGCCGCAGGCCUGUGGGCUCCCAAAUCCAAUGGAGCCACUAGCAGGCUAACAUAUAGUUUCUGGCUGAGGAUAAAAUGGCUACUGAGAGCUCAUCUCAAGGUGGUGCUGAACGCUUGGUGACCAGACAAGCAGCAAGAGGCAGUUUGCUCUAGAGCUGACAUGUGGGUAUCGACAAGUGCCUCUCAGUACGUGGGCUACUGACUUCUGUGACAGAGGCAAACUCCGUGGGUGCCAAGCAGAGGCACUGCUGCAUUUUGCAGGUGUUUGCCAAGUGAGGCAUCCCUUUUCUUCUGUGCAGACCUUCCCUGCAGGCAGUGACCUAAUUCACUAUCUAGCUCCAGACAGCAGCUAAUGAAUGAGUGUCUAAGACAGUCAGGUGCUGGUGCAUGCUGGCAUUGCUGUAUGACUGGGCAGCAUGAUGGCACCCCAUGCAGCCAGUGUAACAGGCUGGCAAAGCCAAACUCAUUGGUCCAAACAAACCCCCUCAGCUGCAGGUGCUAGGUGUCCUCUGUGUCGGCAAAGUGGGUGCAGGCACCUGGUCUGCUGUCUGUUGAAUACUUGCAGGUUGCUGGAUCAUAUGCACAAGUUUGAGGAGCAAUGCAAGCAACCAGUGUACUCUUUGUGACAUGGAGCCUCAUUUGGGCAGGGCUUUGCAGCAGCACAUUUCUUCAUCUGGCAGCAAUCAUCUGCUGUGGCUGCAAAGUCCUACUCUGCUUGGCAGCUGAGUUCACAUGCUGGGGUAGCAGCACCUCUGCAUUUCUCCCAGCCAUGCUCUGGUACGUGCCUAAGUGCCAGCUGACAACUGGGUUGUUUAGAUGCGAGUGCCAAAGGGUUCAAGGCUGUGCUCCAAAUUUAAGAUAGAGAUACCUGAUGGGUCCAUCUCACUGUGCAGCAGUGGGACAGCGGGAAAGCUGCAUGAGGAAUGGGAUGAAGAAGAGUACAUCCAUCCUUCAUAGCUGUGAUGCCAUGGUAGAUGCGGGGUAGCUUCCCUGGGCUGCUGUGUUUGCUUCUGUCUUCCUUGCUGUGAAAUCAAUAGACAUCCAAAGAUGGUGCUGACCUAAAUUAGGGCUGCAGGAAAAUUUCCCUAUGUAGGGACUAAAAGUCCCACUAGUUUAGAGUUGGAAACUAGUGAAAUGCCGCGUGAUAGAGAUGUGCAGAGCAAUUCCUGGCUUAGAGAUAAGUCUGUUCCUCUGCUCACCCCCUCACAAGAUGUUCAAAGAAAUGGAAAGACAGCUCAUUUCACACUGGUAAACUGACACACUUCUCAGAGAGCCAGCAGACUGGUUUGUGCAGGUGGGCAAGAUGCCCUGCUGGCCAACAGUUUCAGAUGGCUCACAAAGAAUCAGGUAUUGAUAUGAAAAACAAGGAUACCCAAAACUGAAGUAAAAAAGUUUGGCUUAAAUAAGAUAAAACAUGGCAUGAUUCUUGGACAUCUACUUUGGGCUUAAGGUAAAGAAUGGUGGCAAGGAGCUUCUAUUUUCCUGUCCCUUUUUUGAAACCAAUUUUGGCAUUAUUAUUGACACCAGGAGGACCAAGUCUUCAAGUCAAGGCCUUGCACCAUCACUGCUGGCAUGGCUUAGGGUGUAGCACCUCUCCCUCCUCCCACCUCCAAAGCACUGUGAAGGAUGAGGUGCCAUGGGAGGCUGCAGGUCACCUGUGUCUGGGCAGUGGGGUUGGCAGCCACAUACAAAGCUGUACGAAAAGUAGCCAUGUCCCAGGAGACUGAUUACAGAGCACCUUUCUCUUGUCAGAAUACCAAAAUGCAAGGGUGGAAAACACAGGAUUGAUGAUCAUCUGAAAGUGCUCCCUCUCCCGCCAUCCAUCUGCUGCUCUGAGCUGCCUGGGGAAACUUGUGGGAUUUUACAAACCCUCUGAAAGAACGAGCACUAAGCAAAUCCUCCCUUGGUGUUUGGGUGUUUGACCAUGGGCUUCCUUCCUUGUGUUUCUCUAAAAAAGGCAUUGAAGAGCCCUGCCUGGGGGCUCUGGGGGUUGAACCAGGUUUGGGUCAGGGGCUCAGUCCUGCUGCUGCCUCCCCCAGCAGCCUGCUCUGGGACUCUGGGUUGUCUCCCAGAGAGCUGGCAGCAGGCAGGGCUGUGUGUGCCAGGGUGCGACAGCCUGUGCCAGUGCACUGUCCAGGCUGAUGGGGCUUAUAUCCAUUUGUGUGUUUUGGUUACUCUGCCAGUGUGAGUCUGCCAUUCAGUGCUACUUGCACAGGCACCAAGUGUACCUUCUGCACAGCUCCCCUGUGCCACUCUGCCCCACGCUGCCUUUCUUCCCCCACGCUGCCUCUGACGUGCUGGGCUCCAGCACUGCUUGUACAAGCACCACACAUGCCUGGGCACAAGCUCACUGCAUGCGAGCCUGUCGGUGCAGCUGCUUAUGCUGAACACCUCCUCCAAUCAUGCUGUGGGAGCGGAAGGAUUUGGGAAGCUCCUGUUCCUACCAAAUGAGGUGGAGAGAAGGCACAAUUGGUGUACACACCCCUGUAAUCCAAAAGUGAAGCAGAUCCCAUUGGGGUGAAAGUACAGUACUAGCAUGAGUGUUGUUCACAGACAUCUCCUGCCAAGAUGGUUGUCUCAGAGUCUGUCAGCAAGAAUAUACCCUAAAUAAGCUGUACUCAAUCCCUGGGAGUCUUGAACGUGUUUUGUGGUGAUGGGUGGCAUUGAAGGACAUUUUCCUCUGAAUGGAGUAAUGAAGCAGCAACGUAAUACACUCAAGAGUCAUGUAUUAAUUUAAGAGGCACCAUCCACCCCCAUGCCAUGGAUCAUGGCUUCAACCAAAGCCCUGUGAACAUCAAACCCUCCAUCAGGCAUUGUUCAUCCCCCGGGAGCACAAUUUUUGCUCCUUGGUUGUUGCAGUUGGAUUCGCUGCAGCAGUAGCAGAUUUCUAAGGUUGAGUCCUGCUGCCACUGUGGCCAGGCUGAACAGCCACACGUACCUCUCCUGCUCUUGUGUUGCCUGGAAAUGCACACACUGGGAAGCACAAAGGAAGCUGGGGGCAUGGCCCCUUGCCAUCACCAGUAAGUCUACCCCUGGGUGGAUCAGCCCUUCUGGUUAAACGGGUCACUGCCCUUCCUCUUUGGGCCUUCCCCAUCAUCACCGAACGAGACUGCCACCGAGAUGAGUCAAACCGUCAGACAACAUCUGCGCCCUCCACACACCGCUCCAUGCGCUUGGAUAGUUCAAGGUGGGCUCAGCCCAGGCAGCGGAAGCAGAGAAACCCUGGGUGGCUGGGGGGCGUCUGGUAGCUGAACCUUUUCAGUGUCCCAAGCGCAGCUGGGUAAUCUGGUUCAUUUUUGACUGAUCCCAGAAGGUAGACGAGGCCUGUGAAGACAGCAGUGAGAGGAAGUUUGGCCUUGGGUGGAUGUACCCUACCAGGGUUUGAGAUCUGCUGACCUGGAGACUCUUGUGUAACUCCAUGCUCUCAUCUCCAGCUCUGGACCUGAAAAGGUGGCUUAAAAAACAGCUUCAUUUAUUACCCUGAAGCACUCAGUGCUGAAGCGAUGAGUAUUAGAAAGAGUCUGUGAAGAAAUGGAAAAGCAGGAUGUUGGAGCACGCUGACUGCAGGACAAGAUGAAGUUUCCGGCCACGUGACUUUCAGCUUGCAUCCCUGAGGUUCUGAGAAACCACAGGAGGCUGAGACCUAAAGGGAAGGUGCAGAGGCUCUGAGAGGAGAGGCAGCGAAAGUGUCGUGCUGGGCAGGAGGACAGAGUGCUUCUGGGACAGGUGAGAGCAGGGAGCCAAGGGCCACAUCAGAGGUGACAGAGGAGGACAGAGGAGAGGCAGAGAAGCAAGACAGAAAGCAGGCACACCAAGAGCACAAAGGAAGCUGAAGAGACCUUGGGAGCCAGAAACAGCAGCCAUGCCCCACAGCUCCGACAGCAGUGAUUCCAGCAGCUUCAGCCAGUCUCCCCCUCCCAGCAAGCAGGACUCUUCUGAUGACAUGAGGAAAGUCCAAAGGAGGGAGAAGAACCGCAUUGCUGCCCAGAAGAGCCGCCUGAGGCAGACCCAAAAAGCAGACACACUGCACUUGGAGAGUGAAGACCUGGAGAGACAGAAUGCUGCCCUGCGUCGGGAGAUCAAGCAGCUGACAGAGGAAAUGAAGCACUUCACCUCGAUGCUGAACUCCCAUGAACCACUCUGCUCUAUCCUGACAUCCCCUCCACCACCUCCAGAAGUGCUUUAUGCCACACACUCUUUUCACCAGCCCCACAUUAGCUCCCCACGCUUCCAGCACUGAGCCAGCCAGCAGGACAGCAGCCUGCCAGCUCCACUGAUGGCAAGAAAUAACUUCGUGGGGCUUGCUUUUCCAUCCAAGGGAAGGAGUAGGACAGACGGACAUUCCUUCUUAAAGUAUGUAUUCUGAGUGAUUUGCCUAAGACUUGCUCCCUGUGCAGAAAUGGCAGAGUCACCAUGAGGCAUCUUUGGACAGUUUUCAGCUUGGAUUCUGGGAGGAGGAGGCAGUCACAAAAGAGGACCAACCCCUUUCUCUGGUCCUUGUUUGGGGACACUCACAGGAGUGUGCGGCACCAGCAGCCUCCAUAAGAGCAGCUGGUUGUGGCACACAACAGCCAGACCUCCAGGAAGAGGAAAGGAAGCAGGGGUGGAGGGGAAGGUUGGGGGCCACAGAGUGUCAGGGCAAAACUGGUUUAUUUUUGUAAAAUAAAGAUUGAAAAUGCUUAA